UGUUGUUCAUCAACACGAAAUCUUGGCGACGAAGGAAACGAGGAGUAAAUACCAGAGAGCAACAAUCAACAAAUAACAACGAGAUAUUGACCCACCAAUUCUAUAUUCAAAUUAGCCUCAAACUUCAGCGCGUGUAUCGAGCUGUCUCUACUUGGGUGUUCAUCGUUGAGGAUUGCGCGAGCGAGGCAGGGGGUUUGUUCAUCCAAACUUGAGUUGAUAAUUGUUCUUCUUGGAGCCGAUUUGAAAGCAAAUUAGUGUUGAAGGGGUCCCUGAACAAAUUUUCAUUGGCCCUAUUCGUUUUUUCUUCCUACUUGAAUCAGUUACCCGGUGAUUGAGUUUUGAUUUUGUCGAAGAUGCUGCUGCAAUUUUCAGACCCGGCCAAGCUUAAAACCAAGAUGUGUGUGUUUGAGGACAAAUUCAUUGCCCGCGAUUCCAGUACACUUGAACAACUGAAGGAGAUGACUUCUAGGCGUAAAGUGAUUGAGGAGUCCAUUAAUGAAACUAGCUUUAUCACAGAUGCUAUUGCAAGAGAAAUGUCUGGCGGGUUGUCUUCCCACACUCAACAGGUCCUUCAUAAACUACUGCAAUACCUGCCCUUAUUGGAAAAUUUUGUUUCCCAAGUUGAUCUGGUCGGCUAUAACCUCAAGAUUGUUCAAUGGACAUCAGACCUAAAGAUACGAUGGUCGAGUGCUCUGAGCUCAUCAUCAUUAUUUCAUCUUAGGGGUCCAAAAUUUUUCCAAAUAGAUAACUUGAGGUUCGAGGUAGCGAUGACUCUUUUCCUAUACGGUGCUGUUCUUAGGAAGAGGGCCUUAGAAGUUAUAUCAGAAGAUAAAGUGCAAUCUGCGACCUUUUUCAGAGAAGCUGCCGGGGUUUAUCAAUAUCUAGCUAAGGAUAUUCUUCCAUCUAUUCAACACUGCGUGCCUUCUGAAAGGCCACCAGAAGUUAUUCCAUCUACUUCUGUUGCAAUGAGUCUUGUUUGUUUAGCUGAGGCUCAGGCUGUCACAACGAUGAGGGCUGAAGAAAAGGGAUCUAUUUCAAGUCUUUUGGCUAAGCUACACUAUGGUAUUGUUGACUUGCUCAAUGAAUCAGCUAAUCAUUUACGCAUAUUCUCUGGAGAAUCCUCAAGCUUUCUGGAAUUUCUAUCAGCUUUUCGAGCUCUACACGAGUUGAAAAGUCGAAAAAAUCUUGCAAAAGAAUUGAUGUCUGGUGGCCAAGUUGGACUUGCUAUAGGUAUUCUUAGACAUGCAUUAACCGAUGUGAAAAAGGAAAUGCCAAGAGAAAAUUCCUGGAAACUUGUUUUCGGAACAGAAAUAGAUAUUGUAGCUGAAACGCUAAGGAAGUUCGAACGUGAGAAUGAGAUCGUAUGGCAUAAGAAAAUUCCUUCGAGAGAUGAGUUGCCAACGCUUAAAGGUAGCCGAAUCGUCAAGUCGAUACCAUAUUGUCCCAAAAAAUGGGAGAGAGAGCUAGCAUUCAAGAUGUGAACCAAAGCUAGAAGUAUAUAUUGGGUCUUGUUCUUGUUGGGGAGCUACUUUUGCCCCCAACCUCAUUCUAUCAAAGUAUAAGAAAAAUAUCUCCUUAGGUGGUUGAGAGAAUUGUUGGUGAAAAUGUGAAGCAUUUGUAUAGGAAGUGACAUUUAUUACUGUGGUUGCUAUUUCUCU